CUGGCCGCCAUGCCACCUCCUCUCCUCUUCUUCCUCCUCUUCCUAACCCCUGAGGGAGUCAGGCCCCAGAAAAGGCUGCAGGUGGAGGCUAAAGAGGGAAGCAAAGCUGAGCUUCCAUGCCUCAAAGGUACCUCAGACGGUCCUCCUGAGCAGCAGACCUGGUUUCAGGGGGCUCGGUCAGACCUGGGCCAAGGUUCACAAGGUCUGGGCAUCCAGAAGGGGACCCUGGGCAUCCAGCUCCUCAUCUUCAAUGUCUCCUACCAGAUGGGGGGCUUCUACGUAUGCCAGCUGGGGCCCCCUUCUGAGCAGGCCUGGCAGUCUGGCUGGACGGUCAGCGUCGAGGGCAGUGGGGAGCUGUUCCGCUGGAAUGCUUCAUACCUAAAUGACCCAGGCUGUGGCCUGGGGAACAGGUCCCCAGAGGGCCCCAAGCCCUCUUCUGGUUACCCCACAAGCUCCCAGCUGUACGUGUGGGCCAAAGACCACCCUGAGAUCUGGGAGACAGACCCUGAAUGUGCCUCCCCCAGGGGCAGUCUGAACCAGAGCCUCAACCAAGACCUCACCGUGGCCCCUGGCUCCGCAUUCUGGCUGCCCUGUGAGGUGCCCCCUGCCUCCGUGGCCAGAGGCCCCAUCUCCUGGACCCACGUGCGUCCCAAGAAGCACAACAUCUCAUUGCUGAGCUUAAACCUGAGGGAGGAUGCCCCGAUCAGAGAGAUGUGGGUCCUGGACAGCCUCAGGGGAGGGGCUGUUCUGUUGCUGCCCCAGGCCACGGCUCGAGAUGCUGGCACCUAUCACUGUUACCUUGGCAACGUGACCAUCGAGAUGCAGCUGAAGGUCACCGCCCAGACAGUAAGGUACUGGCUGCUGGAGGUUGGUGGCUGGAAAGUCCUCGUUGUGCCAUUACUUUAUAUGAUCAUCUGCCUGGGUUCCCUGGCAAGCUUUCUUCAUUUUCGAAGAGUCCUGAUCCUCAGGAGGAAAAGAAAGCGAAUGACCGAUCCCACCAGAAGGUUCUUCAAAGUGACGCCUCCCCCAGGAAGCGGGCCCCAGAAUCAGUACGGGAACGUGCUCUCCCUUCCCACGCCCAACUCUGGCACAGGACGCGCCCUGAGGUGGGCUGCAGAGCUGGGGGCCGCCGUCCAGUCUUAUGGAAACCCGCGCAGCGACGUACAGGAGGCCAGAGUCGCGGGGUCCCGGAGCCCGCCACCAGCAGGCCCGGAAGAAGAGGCAGGGGAAGCGUAUGAGGAGCCGGACAGUGAGGAGGGCUCCGAGUUCUACGAGAAUGACUCCAACCUCGGGCAGGACCAGCUGUCCCAGGAUGGCAGCGGCUAUGAGAACCCCGAGGACGACGCCUUGGGUCCCGGGGAUGAAGACUCCUUCUCCAGCGGAGCUGAGUCUUAUGAGAAUGAGGAUGAAGAGAUGCCCCAGCCAGUCGCCAGGACAGCAGACUUCCUGAGCCCCCAUGGGUCCGCCUGGGAUCCCAGCAGGGAGGCAACCUCUCUAGGGUCCCAGUCCUACGAGGAUAUGAGAGGGAUCCUGUAUGCAGCCCCCCAGCUCCGCUCCUUUCGGGCCCAGCCGGGUCCUAGUCAUGAGGAAGAUGCAGACUCUUAUGAGAACAUGGAUAAUCCCAAUGGGCCAGAACCCGCAUGGGGAGGAGGGGGCCACAUGGGCACCUGGAGCACCAGGUGAUUCCUUCCAGCCUGGGCCUCCUUAGGCCCCCGAGAUCCAUACCGGAUUCUGAAAUCUGGGACCCCAAGCAGACAGUGUCAACCU